AUGAAGCUCGAGGCCUCCCCGGCCGAGUCCUUCCUCUCCGUCCCCGGCGAGAUGUACCCUUCCCUCUUCGCCUCGGCGACCUCGACCCUCAACCCUCUCGAGAUCAUGUCGCCCUCGCCCGACAUGAAGGCCGAGGCCGACGCCGAGACCCCGGCGCCUCUCGCCACCGUUCCCGAGGACAGGGCGACCGAGUCACCGGCUCCCGCCGGCGACAAGAAGCCCACCAAGAAGAGGAAGUCGUGGGGCCAGGUCCUCCCAGAGCCCAAGACGAACCUCCCACCCAGGAAACGAGCCAAGACCGAGGACGAGAAGGAGCAGCGCCGCGUCGAGCGCGUCCUGCGCAACCGGAGAGCCGCGCAGUCGUCGCGCGAGCGCAAGAGGCAAGAGGUGGAGGCCCUGGAGAAGCGCAACAAGGAGCUCGAGAACUUCCUCGAGGAGGCUCGCCAGACCAACAUGAUGCUCCUCCAGCAGCUCAAGGAGGCUCGCGGCGGCGCCGGCAUCAUGAGCCGCCCCACGGCCAUCGACUCGCUCCGGCCCAACCCCGUCACCUUCUCGCAGCCCCUCUUCGGCUCCCAGGACGGCCACGCCUCGCUCGUCGAGCAGGGCAACCCCGCGCUCAACAGCCUCUUCAUGUCCUCCGAGUCCGGCAAGACGGUGAACCCGGCCUCCCUGUCUCCGGCCCUCAGCCCCGUCCCCGACCAGGCCCCCGAGGCGGCGGAGCCAGCGACGACGGCGGCAGCCCCGGCUGCGGAGCCCUCCGCUACCGAGCAGACUUCUCCCGAUAUGACACAACAUCCUGCAGAGGUGUUGUGCUCCGACCUGCAGUCAGCCCCUGUCGCCGGCGCUGGCCCUGUACUGCCAGCUGACUCUUUUGCUGGCAUCCACGUCGACAAUGAUCUCGAUCUGCAGGCGGCCCUUGACGCAGAUCGCUAUGUCCUUGAAAGCCGGCUUCUCUCUUCCCCCAACUCUGUCGAUUCUGAAUACGAUUAUCUGGCUGGUCACCCAGAGUUCCCCUUCCCGACGAACCCGUACGAGUUCGACAUCAACGACUACCUCCACGACGAGACGGCACACCAGCCCUCUGGCGGCAACCCCGUCCUCGGCCUCGCAGCCGACCCGUCGUCCCUCGACCUUGAGACUCAAACUUCUCCGGAAGAUCCUAACCUGCAGCCCCAUCUUGGCGCGUCCUCUUUUGGAUGCGACGAUGGAGGUCAUGCGGUUGACGGCCGGUGGCUCCCCGGAGCUGCUUUACCGUCGACCGAGGUCCUGCUCACGCUCGCGUGGGCGCUCAAGGUCGAACUACGACGAACGAGCAACAGGGAAGGACCAACUCCUACUAGUACUAUGAUCGCGUCACGACCCGGCGUAUCAUCAAGUGUCGCACUACCAAAGACCACCACCAAAGAAUUGUAUACAUUGAAGACGAAGAAGAGGGGGCGCGUCGAUCUCGACGAGGAAGCCUUUCUCCGGGCGGUAGCCGGUGCUGGGAAGCGCCGUCGCCGCUCCGGACCGCAGGACUGA